AUUUGUCGGUCUAAGGGAAGAUAGAAUGUAAGUUUGUCAAGUGUCCAUCUAUUAUUUUUGUUAUGAUUAUCAGGUAUUUAGCUGGGAUUAUAACAUUUAACAUGUUAAAAUAGCAAGUUUCUACUUUCGAUUUACGAUUUACUACCGAACGACUCACGUGACAGCUGAAAAGGCACAACUGUGGUUUUAAGUUGGACAUAUGCUUGUUUUGGAUAAAGAAUUAGUAGUCGUUGGCUUCAGGUUGUAGAAAACAAAAGAAAUGGCGAGUGCACAAGGCCAAGAUGUGGUACGUUGCAAUUUAUGUCCAGAACCCGUAGAAUUUUACUGCAACCCGUGCUCUGUGGAGUUGUGUAGCAGCUGUGUUUUAAGGCACAUGAUGGAUAAAUCGAAAAAUCAUGAAGUUGUUGCAUUUGAGAGCAGAAAAAUCAAAACUGUGUAUCCAGAGUGUCAAUCUCACAGAAAUAAAUGCGAGACAUAUUGUCGUGAUUGCAAGGCAGCCAUAUGUAUCAAAUGCGUCAUCGGUUCACACAAAGAGCAUGACGUCACGGAAAUAGAAGAAAUAGUUCAAUUACAAAAAAAACGUUUAGAAUCUGAUACAGAGGAAUUGGAAGAAAAAGCCUUGCUAAAAAUUAUGCUUAUGAAAGAAAAUGUUUCCUCAAGCAACGUUAUGAUUGACAAUGUCCUCUAUGAACUGACUGAAAGAGAAAACCAAAUUAAGGCAGCGGUUCACAGUGAAGUAGAGAAGAUGAGGGAAAAGGUUCGUCUUGUUAAAAAAGGUAAUAAAGCUGUCAUUUCAGAAAACCAGUCCCACAUUUCUGAUUUGGAAUCCAAACUAAAGCAAGAGAUAAAGAAGAAUAGACAAAUUCUGCAGACACAACAGAUACAGGGUAUAUUGAAUUAUGAGUGUAUUCAUGAAAAUUUCAAAACAGACUUAAACCUCCAAAAGUGUGUUCAUCCACAUUAUGUAU